AUGGCGGCGGCGGGCCGAGGCGGCGCCGAUGGAGGGGCGACGGUGGUCGGCGGGGCUGAGCGCGGCGCUUCUGCUCACGCCCCGCUGUGGCUCAAGCUAGUCCUGCCCGACGGCUUUGGGAAGAGCGAGCUUGACCCCGGAGGCCGAGCCGUGCCAGAUCUGGGGCUGGGCCUCUUGCUGCAGGGCCUGGCCUUCGCGCAGGGGCUCAACUGCAGCCAGACGCAGUUCCUGUCGAACGGUCGGUGCUGCAACCGAUGCCCACCAGGCCAGAAGGUGGAGGCUGCCUGUUCGGGGCAGUCCAAUACGACCUGCAGCCCUUGUGAGGAGCACCACUUCCAGGACAGGUGGACUGGGCUGCCUCACUGCACCCAGCACCGGCCCUGCAGCCCACAAGCUGGCCUGGUUGUCUAUCGGAACGGCAGCAAAGAGCGAGACGUCGUCUGCCGGUGCCAGGAGGGUAAACACUGUUCCAGCCACGAGUGCGAAACCUGCCGGCCCCACAGCCUCUGCGGCCCUGGGGAAGGGGUCCAACGGGAAGGCAAUCACCUGACCGACACCCUCUGCGCCCCCUGUUCUUUGGGCUACUUCUCCAAUGUCUCGUCCUCCACAGCUCGGUGCCAGCCCUGGAGCAGGCCUGCGUGCGGUGUGGGAACAAAAGGGUGGCGUUCACACCAGAGGGUUGCGGUGCUCUUUGCCAUCUGCCACCUGGUCAGCGCCUGUGGCUCCUGCAGGCUGGGCUGCCGGGUCGGGCAGCCCUGGGGGCGCCUGCAUGAGAGCCCCCCCACUCCGCCCACAGAUCUCGGCAAACCCCUCCAGGAGCCCCCAGAGCCCACCGAGAAUGAAGAGGACUGCCCGGCCUUCCCCACCCAGGAGACCCUGCUGGGGGAGCAGACGGGCACGCAGGAGAAGGAAUGCCACCUCGCCCAGCAGGAGCAGGUCUGA